AUAAAUAAAUAAAACACAGUCGGGUUUCUUCAUUUCAUCGAUUACCGAAAUUACAUCGUCUUGUUGAAACCGAAAGGAAGAGUGGAGAAAACGAUGUCGUCUAAGAAGAUAACGCUGAAGAGCAGUGACGGAGAGCCGUUUGAGGUGGAUGAGGUGGUGGCGUUAGAGUCCCAAACGAUAAAACACAUGAUAGAAGAUGAUUGUGCGGAUUCUGGUAUCCCGUUACCUAACGUCACCAGUAAGAUCCUAGCGAAAGUGAUCGAGUACUGCAAGAAACACGUUGAAACUCCUAAAUCAUCCUCUGAAGAUCGUACAAUUAAUAAUAGUAAUACGGAUGAUGAACUCAAGGCUUGGGAUGCUGAGUUUGUUAAAGUUGAUCAGUCUACUCUCUUUGAUCUCAUCCUGGCUGCCAACUAUUUGAACAUCAAGGGCCUACUGGACUUGACUUGCCAGACUGUUGCUGACAUGAUCAAGGGAAAGACCCCUGAGGAGAUCCGGAAGACAUUUAACAUCAAGAAUGAUUUUACUCCUGAGGAGGAAGAAGAGGUUCGUAGGGAGAACCAGUGGGCAUUUGAAUGACGUACUUGUAGCACGGUGCGAGGAGCAAUUAUGGAAUAUGGUUUCCAUUAGUGGAUCUACAUUGUUGGUUUAUGUUAGCGAGUAGACUUAAGCCUUGGUUUUAUAACUAUUCCUGACUUAUUGGCACUUUCUUUUUAUGGUUAAAUUAAAUGUAAAUAAUACUUGGAUUUUGGGGGUGGAUGGAUUUCCCUUGUAAUCAAUCACCUGCUGGUAAUGAGUGUCAUUUACAUUAUUGGUCUAUGCAGGAGGCAGCCCGUUGAGUUCCUCUUUAGUCUUCUUUA